UGGUUGUUGCGUCAAAUUUGUAAACAGUAUUUUACAGGAAAGUUUCUCAUUCCCCAGUAGGAUCGCAAUCAUCGAAUUUAAUUUUCAAAUACAUGAAAUAAGUGAUGUAAUUUAUUCACUAAACUACUAUUAAAUACAUGACCUUAUAAACAAAUUCAAAUCGAUAUAAUUUUCUCGGCUAGUGAGUGUGAAACAUGGACGAAAAUAACUCACUGGUUUACGGUUUGGAGUUCCAGGCCCGGGCACUAGCAUCAAGGCAGACCGAAAGCGACCAGGUCCGUUUCUUCUGUGCCACCCAGUCGUUGAAACCGAAUAACCAGUUGCACGUCCUGGAUCUCAACGAAGACAGCUGCCCUUCCCUGGAGGCGAAAGUGUUCUCCCAUCCACUGGGCGAAGUGUGGAAACUGACCGCCAGCCCGCACGAUGGCAACACGUUGGCCUCUUGCUACAGUAUCCACCGGGGCACACAAACCACCAUGCAGACGGCUUUAUUGCGCCUGCCAGAUCAGUUUGAAUCCAGCGAGGAGUUCCUGCAGUUUGCUGACGUAGACAUUUUGAAGACGGAUGGAUAUGGGGGAGAAAUACGGGCAACGGAAUUUCAUCCAACCGAUUCGGCUCUACUGAGUACCGUUGUAGAUGGGAAGGUGUUACUAUUCAACCGGGCAGAGGCCAGUACGAAAUUGGUAGCGGAAAUUAACGCCAAACACAUGCCCAAAUUCUCCGGAGGCCGUUGGUCCCAUUUCAACCAGGGUAAUCAAUUUAUAACGCUGUUCGAUUGCAGCAUCAAAUCGUACGACGUCCGGGAUCCGAAUCACUGUGCGUGGACCAUUGAGGAUGCCCAUAGUCAGCUGGUUCGUGACCUAGACUGCAAUCCGAAUAAGCAGUGCCACAUCGUCACGGGGGGAGACGACGGAGUGAUGAAGAUUUGGGACUUCCGGAAUACCAAGGAGCACGUAUUUGCCCGGAAUGACCAUCACCAUUGGAUUUGGAAUGUACGGUACAACACCUAUCACGAUCAGCUGCUCCUCUCCAGUAGUAGCGAUGGCAAAGUCCUGCUGACUUGUGCCAGUAGUGUGAGUUCGGAGACACUGGAAAGUGGCGGGGACAAUCUCAGUGACAAGGAACAGCUGGCCGAUGGAUUGUUGCAAAUGUUUGACCAGCAUGAGGAUUCGGUUUACUGCGUGGAGUGGAGUACCGCAGAUCCGUGGGUGUUCGCUUCGCUGAGCUACGAUGGGAGAUUGGUAAUCUCGAAGGUUCCCAAACAGUACAAGUAUCAAAUAUUGCUGUAAGCUUAGGUCUAUUAUAUGAAUGCAUAUUCCGUGAUCGUAAAUAAAUUAUUACAACUUAAAACAUUAGAAUUA